AUGCCUUCAAUCCUGAACGACAACGACAAGGAAACAGUCAGGAGAACUGUACCAAAGCCUGACAACAAAAUCUUAGCGGUGGCUGUUGCGCGCCUCUACGUGGCCCACCCAGACACCCAGAGAUGGACGUACACUGGCCUGCAGGGAGCUGCAGUUUUAGCAAAUGACCUGGUCGGCCGUACCUUUUGGCUGAAAUUGGUGGAUGUAUCGGUGAGCACAGCCUGGGGAGUUAUUUGGGAUCAAGAGAUCUACGAUAACUUCGCGUACAACCAAGAUCGCACGUUCUUCCACUCCUUCGAAUUAGAAGACUGUCCCGCCGGACUGUCAUUCGCCGAUGAGAAAGAGGCCAAGACAUUCAUCAAGAAAGUACAGGAACGAGAAAAACAUGCGAGCAAAGAGACACGGCAGACGCCCUUUGCAUCUACCCGAGGCCAGGGCCCUGCUCCGGUGGUGAACGGCAAAUCCGGGGUUGGACGAUCGCUGUUUGGCAGCUUACUCGGCCAUCGCUCAUCGUCAGGAUCUCAUGUACCCCCGCCGGUGACACCUGCGGAACUGCCUCCUGCUCCCUCGAUCCAAGUGGCUCCCCCGCCUCCACCUUCGGCCAGCCCAGCACGCAAGGAACUGCCGUUCGACACCAAUGACCCUGCAUUCAAGGGCGUCCUGGACGAGCUCCUACAAAUGGGCAUUACGGAAGACUUGAUCGCCGAGAACUUCGAUUUCAUCAAGUCCUAUAUCGAACAGAAACAAGCGGCAACGCCCAGCCCGCCUUCUGCCGAUGAUCAAAGGAAAGGAAAAGCGCCGCCUCCACCUCCCCCGUCUGCGCCGCCUGCUCCGAAGGUGGCUGCCAUCAGCCCACAGAACACUGGCAACAGCACAGGGAGUCGACGAGGUGCUCCGCCGCCCCCUCCUCCGACGAGGAGGACUCGAAUGGAUACGACGGAUGACGAGCCUGCCUCGAAACGUGAACCGUCUCCUCCCAGGAACCGGUUUCGUGCGCCGCCUCCAAUUGCAGAUGCUGGUAAAUUUGCUCACACACCAUUGCCGCCUACUCGCCAACGGGCCUCGUCAAAUGCUACACCCGGUCCUCCACCUCCUCCACGGCCUCCAAAGACUCCAAUGGAUGAGAACCACUCCCGCUUCGGCGUUCCCCCGCCGUUCCAGGGCGAGCGCAAGGUGUCUGCUCCUCCCGCACCUCCCAGUCGGCCAGGGCCUUCAGGGCCUCCUCCUCCUCCUCCACGCACUAUGAGCCCUGUGCCACCUCCACAGCUACCUCCCAAAGUUCCCAAUGUUUCUGCAACAGGACCUCCUCCACCACCACCCAGAAGCCCUGCUUCGCAGCCGCCACCACCCCCACCUGUGCCUUCCAAUUCCCGGCCUAUUCCUCCCCCACCUACAUCAAGCGUGUCGCCUCCUUCGUCGGGUCUUCCGCCCCGGCCUCCUCUGCCAAUUGGUAUUCCUCCACCUGGACCUCCGCCAUCGCAUCCUUCACCUAGUGCCGGA